CGUGGUCUACUUUCGCGUCUCUUAAUUCCUACGCUGUGAUCGGCCGUGAAGCUAUCACUCCGAUCCGGUGUGUUCACGCUCCGGAUCCCUUCGCGGCCGUUUGUCCUGAAGGAUGCCCGCCUCCUCCACCGUCAGCCCGGCGGCGCUGCGCUGGGAACCGGCCUUCAGAUGACUUCUUCGCGGCGGGAAAAGGCAGGUCGCGAGCGUCCGGCCCCCCUCAGAGCCGGCGCGCGCUACGCCGCGCUGGUCGCCGCGUGCGCGCUGUGCUACGGCAACUCUCUGCACGGGGAGCUGGUCCACGACGACGUGUGGGCCAUCGUCAACAACCCGGACGUCCGUGCGGGCUCCAGCCUGCGCAGCAUCUUCAGUAACGACUUCUGGGGCAAAAAGAUGGCGGACAACACGAGCCACAAGUCCUACAGACCCCUCUGCGUCCUCACCUUCAAGUUAAACGUUGUGCUGGGUGGCCUGACGCCUUUGUAUUUCCACCUCGUCAACGUGUGUCUCCACAUCUGCGCCACUUGCCUGCUCCUGCACACCUGUGAACGCCACGUCUUCCAGCAAGCGCACCUGGCCUUCAUCACAGCCCUCCUCUUCGCCGUGCACCCUGUCCACACCGAGGCGGUGUCUGGAAUCGUGGGAAGGGCUGACGUCUUGGCCUGUGUGCUCUUCUUGCUGGCUUUCCUCUCCUACACCAGGAGUGUGGGGGCCGCCUCCUCUGAGGACUCCCUGCCUGGCACAGAGUCUCCAGCUGCCUUGCUCAUCAGUUUGCUGCUGGGUACGUGUGCCAUGCUGGUCAAAGAGACGGGCAUCACGGUGUUUGGAGUCUGCCUUCUGUAUGAUGCCCUGGUGCUUUGUCGCAAGUCCCUCAUGCGUCAGCGAUCGGCUUCAGGACUAACGGACCUCCUCCAUGGCUGUGCCCCCCUCCUCAAGCGAGCUUGUCUGCUCUCUGUUCACGUGGCUUUUAUUUUGUCAGUCAGACUGUGGGUGAUGGGAGGAUCCAUGCCACUAUUUUCAGAACAAGAUAACCCCGCCUCCUUCUCACCUCACCUGCUCACCAGGACUCUCACCUUCUUGUACCUGCUGGUCUUUAACGCCUGGCUGCUGCUGGCGCCGGCGGUCCUCUGCUACGACUGGCAGGUGGGUAGCAUUCCUCUGGUGGAGUCUCUGGGAGACGUGCGCAACGUGGCCACUGGGCUGCUGGUUGUCCUCUUGGUGGCGCUCUGUCUGCGCUGCGUCCUCAUCCUGCAGAAGGAGGACAGCUGUGCGCCCGUAGUGGGAAUCCUGUUCUUGGGGUUUCCCUUCAUUCCUGCCAGUAACCUUUUCUUCAGGGUGGGGUUUGUCGUCGCUGAGAGGGUCCUUUACAUGCCCAGCAUGGGUUACUGCAUUCUGGUUACGUAUGGGCUGGGCCGGCUCUGCUCCACGGCAGCUGGAUGGAGCGCCACCCUCCUCAAAGGCUCCAUGCUGCUGCUGCUCCUGCUUUUCUCUUGGAAAACCAUUCAGCAGAACACUGUGUGGCUCUCAAGGGAGGCUCUCUUUCGCUCUGGAAUCCAGACUCUGCCUCACAACGCCAAAGUCCACUACAACUAUGCCAACUUCCUAAAGGACAACGGGCGGCAGGAUGAAGCCGUGUACCACUACAACACAGCCCUGAGGUUGUUUCCUCGUCAUGCUAGCGCCUUGAACAAUCUGGGCACUCUGACAAACAGCCUGGAGACGGCGGAGCAUUACUACAGGAAAGCUCUGGACAUCAACCCUCAACACAACAGGGCCCUUUUUAACCUGGGAAACCUGCUAAGGACCCAGGGCAAGGACAAAGAGGCUGAGGCUCUUCUGAAGAACUCAAUCCGCUAUGGCCCACACUUCGCUGAUGCCUUCUCCAGUUUGGCGUCUCUUUACGCUGAUCAGGAACGAUUUGUUGAAGCAAAGGAAGUCUACAUCCAAGGUAUAAAGAACUGUCCGGACAGCUCCGACCUGCACAACAACUACGGGGUAUUUCUGGUGAACACAGGAGAAGGAGAGUUGGCUGCUGCCCAUUACCAGCGUGCAAUACAGCUGAAACCAGCACAUUAUGUUGCCAUGGCGAACCUUGGGCGCCUUCUGCGAGCGUCCAAUGAGAAUGAUGAAGCUGAAUCUUGGUUUAAACGAGCGCUGCAGAUAGCCAGGAAGGUGGAUGUCCUCACCCCCCUCGGAGCGUUGUACUACAACACUGGCCGCUUCUAUGAGGCCCUGCAGGUGUACAGAGAGGCAGCUGCUCUGCAGCCACGCAGCACCGACAUCUUGCUGGCCUUGGCUCAGGUGUUGGUCAUGACCAGCCACAGCACAGAGGCAGAGAAGAUGACGCAGGACAUCAUCUCCAGAGAGGCCGGCUGCAUUGAGUGUUACCGCCUCCUGUCUGCCAUCUACAGCAAGCGUGGAAACCACACUGAGGCUCUACAGGCUCUGGACCGAGCUCUGCAGCAGAAUCCCGCUGAUCUGACGGUUCGAGCAGAGCUUCAUUUCUCCAAAGGAAACCAGCUCCGAGAAAUGCAGCAGCUGGAUGAAGCCCUUGAGAGCUACAAACUCGCUGUGGAGCUGAAGCCGGAUCAGUCCCAGGCCUGGAUGAACAUGGGAGGGAUUCAGCACAUCAAGGGAGACUAUGCAACGGCCAGAACCUACUACCAGCAGGCCUUGCUCCUAAACCCCACCUCCAAGCUCCUGAAGGAGAACUUAGCCAAGCUGGACCGACUGGAGAAGAAGACCUCAGGAGCCACAUAAGCUCUGCGCUCCGGUUCUGUAGAAUAUGAACAAACAUCAGGCUCUGCAUCCAGAAGGAGAUCUUCUGGCAGGUCCUGCUUAGGAGGAGGGUCAGCCUCCGGUUUGCAGGUGUUGGGAAGCUCUGCCGGCAUCGAGGUGGAUGCUUGAAGACCGCCAUGAGCUGCUUUCCUUUGCAUUAGCAGCUGUUGGUCCUUAAAGACUCUGCAUUGCAGUGUAAGAAUGUAUUGAUUGGAGUGCUUUGUGAUGUGAAUGUGUCUGGGGACACAAACUCAAACUUCCGAGUGUGUUGUGAGAAGACUCUGCAUAAGUAAGUCUGAUGGUAUGCCAGCCGUUGUAUGAUCCAAACGUUCCAGAACUCAGGACUCUGCAACAGCGCCAACAUGCCAUGCAAACAUCAGCCAAAUGUCUGAUCCAUUAGUCCUAAGUUCUGUAUGACAACAGUGGAAGAGAAGAACAGCAGAGCAGUCAGCUGAGGAUCAUUUGGAUCUUCACAUUCAUCCUGGCUCUGGGGUGUCUGGAGAAGAUCAGAAGCUGAGGCGGUUUUUCACUUAACUGUCAAAGAAGUGAUAAUACAGGGACCAGUGCAAUAAAAGAGUUGCACAUGUAAAGU